UCAUGCUUAAAUGGGUAGGCACGGUGAAAGUACCUUAGAAGCCGAGGGUCGUGAAGGGCUUGGUUCUCCGUGGCACCACUGAGUUGCUCCCCGUCCCGUCUCCGUCUUUCCUAGAAGGCUCCUUGAGCAGCCCAAGGUGUCAGGGUGACGACAGCGCCCCUAGCGAGGGCUGGCUGGGAGCCUUCACACACCACACAUCAUCAGUGGGAGCCGGAGCGGGAGCACAGAAGAGUGGGCUGCGACCAUGAGGGGUCGCUAGAACACGCAGCCAGACGCAGAGGGGGCCCCUGGGAUCAGCCUGGAGGCCCAGAGAGCCCAGCAGCAGGCCAGCAGAGAGCAGCCAGGUGGAGCGGAACCAGCCUGUGGGGGCGCACUCCGAGGCCAGCAUGCCCAGGACCAGACAGGGCAGCCGUCGAGGGUCGUCGUCGUCGUCCUCGUCGUCGUCUCGCCGCUCCCGCACCUCCAGAGCCGAGCUGACCUUCUCUGUGAGCCUGGUGGAACACCAUCUUCGGGAGAGCGGCCAUGCCCGGCGGCUGAGCGAAACGGUGCCCAUCUUGCUGACUGCCAUCCUGGAGUUCCUGACCCGCAGGCUGCUGGAGCUGGCAGGCAAUGAGGCCCAACGCCGAGGCGCACAGAGGCUCAUCACUCCGGAGCUGCUGGACGUGACUGUCUACAACAACACGCUGCUCAGCGAACUGUUCCAAUUCGUCACCAUCUCCCAGGUGGCCCCGGCUGGUCGCCCUCCUCGUGGGCAUGGCCGUCAACGCUAGCUCCUACCUGCUGCUCGUGCUGCCGCUGGCUGGCUCUGGGUUGCUGACCCGCCCAUCCGCCCCAUCUAUCCGUCGGGCAUCAGUUCAUCCCACCCAAACGUUCCCACAGGCAGCCCUGCGCGGCUGCUCAGCCUCGUCCCUUCCUUCUCUCCCUGUUGUGCUCUUAUUAAAAAGCUUGAGUUCGA